AAACCCGAAGGACUCUACUCCUAAACUCCAUUUGUUCUUGAUCAUUUUCCUUACCAACAAAAAUAAAAAAUAAAAAAUCAAGAACCCACUUACGUAUAUUCAUAACCAAACCAAAAAAAAAAACAUAACACACACACAUAUAUAUAUACAUAUAUAUUAUAUGUAUCGUUGAGGUGCUCAAUCUCUUCGACAUGUCACCCUCCGUUCUCCGGUGGCUCUGCCUCGUCGCCGUCAUCUGGCUCCAGUCCAUCAACGGCACUAACCUCAGCUUUCCGGCCUACUCCUCGCAGCUGAAGCAGUCUCUCUCCAUCUCUCAGAUAAAGCUGAACUACCUCGCCUUCGCCUCCGACGCCGGAAAACUCCUCGGCUUCAUCUCCGGCAUCGCCGCCGUCCCCCUCCCUCUUCGCCUCGUCCUCAUCGCCGGCGGCUCGCUUGGCUUCGCCGGCUACGGCCUCCAGUACCUCAUCAUCGUCAAGAAAAUGUUCUCUCCGUCUUUUCCCGCCAUCUGGGUCCUCAGCUUCCUCGCGGGAAACAGCAUUUGUUGGAUCAACACCACGUGUUACACCGUCGCCAUCAACAACUUUCCGGCGAACCGUCAGGUCGCCGUCGGCAUCACGGCGAGUUACCAGGGCUUGAGCGGGAAGAUCUAUACUGACAUCGUGAACGCCUUUUUCUCCGCGUCUCCCAGCGACUCGACCGCCGGAUAUCUCGUCUUGAACGCGCUCGUGCCGCUGAUUGUCUGCGGAGUAACAGCGUUUGUGAUCGCGGACGCAGAGCUCGGCGCGUCUUCGGACGCGAAAAUCGGGUUCGUGGUGAUGUUUAUCGUCACGACCGCGACCGGGGUUUAUGCGGUGGUGACGAGUCUUGUUCCGGCUCCGGAGAUUUUGGUAUUGACAGGCAUCGUUCUGCUUCUUCUUGCUCCUUUGGCUAUUCCUCUUGGAUUUCAAUUAGAGGAGAUCAUGUUUACCCGCAAAAAUCACCAAAAGGUGCACGACGAGGAAUUCUCCCCUCGGAGCGUUCGCGUUCGCGUUGGAGAAGAAACCGUUAAAGGGGAGGGAGAAGAAGCGUUUUGUAACGCGGUCGGCGUCAAGGAGGAAAUCAAAUGGACAGAGCUUUGGAAGAAAAUCGAUUUCUGGAUAUAUUUCAGCGUUUACCUUUGCGGUCCAACCGUGGGGCUUGUGUUCUUGAACAACCUCGGACAAAUCGCAGAAUCUCGCGGUUGUACCGCGACUGCGUCUCUGGUCGCUCUCUCCUCCUCCUCCGGGUUUUUCGGCCGUUUAUUACCUUCCUUGCUCGAGUACUUCUUCUCAAGGAGCAAACACAUGCCGUCGAGCCCGGCGUCAAUGGCGGUAUCCCUAGCGUUUAUGGCCUCCGCGUUCUUCGUCCUCCUCGUAGAAUCUGACAUGGCGUUAUACGCUAGCACGGCCGCGAUAGGCGUUUCCACCGGAGUGGUCACGUCCCUGGCGGUGACGACGACCGCCGAGCUCUUCGGGACGAAGAACUUCGGCGUUAACCACAACAUCGUGGUCGCGAAUAUACCCUUAGGCUCGUUCGCGUUCGGAUGGUUGGCCGCAAACGUGUAUCGCGAGGGAGCGAGCGGCGGCAGCGACGGAGAGUGCGAGGGGAUGCAUUGCUUUGAGACCACUUUGUUCGUUUGGGCAUUGCUUUGUUCUCUCGCCGCGGUUCUCGCCGCGGUUUUGCACGGGCGCAACCGCAGGUUCUACUCGCUUGAUAAGUCGUAGAGUUUUCGUUUUAGCGGUUAGAAAACGCGGAAUUCAGCGGUUAUGCAUCACGUGUCGGUUAGAUAACGGUUUUGGUUCGUUAAAACCGAUGGGAGAGCAAAAGUUUUUUGCGUUUGUUCUUAUGAUUGACGCAAAUUUUGGUAAAUCGGCGUUCCAAUACGUGGAACGCUGAAUAACUGAAGCGAUCUUCUGUUUCUUUUUUGUACAUGACUGUAAACUUUUUAAAAUAUUGAUAGGAUUUGGUAUGUAAUUAUUGAUUAUUAAAGAUAUCACAAUGGAAAUUUAAUAUUGAUAGCAUAUUUUUCA